UUUUCUUCUUUUCCACCUGACGAAAAGAACGUCGCGCAUGCAGCGUGUCUCUCUUUGCACUUGAUUCUGGAAUUCGCUGACGACAACAAGGUUUUGGAGUCUUUUUGUAAUUCAACAUCCAAGUGUUAAACUUUUGUCUAUUAACCAAAGUUGUCUGUCGUGGCAUCUUUCUAAACAUCUAAACUUAAUCAAGAAAUAAAAAAAGUAAACAAUGCCACAAGAACCAGAAGCUCCUCCAACAUCAGCAGCAGCAGUUAAUGGUGGUGAUGAACCACCAAAAACUGCCAAGCAAUUGGAAAAAGAAGCUAAAAAAGCAGCAAAAUUACAAAAACUUCAAGAAAAACUUGACAAAAAAGCUUCUGCUCCAGUUGCCGAGAAAAAAGAAAAACCCGAGAAAAAAACUAAAGAAGUAAAAGAAGCUGCCGUCUAUACUGCCAAUACACCUGCAGGCGAAAAGAAAAACAUCACGGACGCAUUGCCCGAUGCUUAUAGCCCAGGCUAUGUCGAAGCUGCUUGGUAUAGUUGGUGGGAGAAGGAGGGAUUCUUCAAGCCCGAGUAUGGUCGUAAAUCUAUUUCCGAACCAAAUCCAAAAGGAAAGUUCGUCAUGGUAAUUCCACCACCCAAUGUGACUGGAUCUUUGCAUUUGGGUCAUGCACUCACUAAUGCAAUUGAAGAUGCCAUCACUCGUUACCAUCGCAUGAAAGGUUACACAACUUUAUGGGUGCCCGGAUGUGAUCAUGCAGGAAUUGCUACCCAAGUUGUGGUCGAGAAGAAAUUGUGGCGCGAGGAGAAGCUUAGUCGACAUGAUCUGGGUCGUGAGAAGUUUAUUGAAAAGAUCUGGGAUUGGCGUCGCGAAAAGGGUGAUCGCAUCUAUGACCAACUCAAGUGCUUGGGGUCGUCAUACGACUGGAGCCGUGUAGCAUUCACUAUGGAUCCAAAACUAUGCCGUGCAGUUACCGAAGCAUUUGUUCGUCUUCACGAAGAUGGCAGCAUUUACAGAAGUUCCAGGCUCGUUAAUUGGUCGUGUGCUCUGCGAUCGGCUAUUUCAGAUAUCGAGGUCGAUAAAAUUGACAUUCCCGGACGUACAUUCUUCAAUAUUCCCGGCUACACCGAUAAGGUUGAAUUUGGGGUGUUGAUUAAAUUUGCCUACAAAGUAGAAGGUUCAGAUGAUGAAAUUAUUGUCGCUACCACACGUAUAGAGACUAUGUUGGGUGAUACGGCCGUUGCUGUGCAUCCUAGCGAUGAACGAUUCAAGCAUUUGCAUGGCAAAUUUGUUACACAUCCAUUCUCUGAUCGCAAAUUGCCAAUUGUUUGUGAUGAAUUUGUGGAAAUGCAUUUCGGAACUGGUGCUGUUAAAAUUACUCCAGCUCAUGAUCCUAAUGAUUAUGAGGUUGGCAAACGUCAGGGAUUACCAUUCAUCACGAUUUUUAACGAUGAUGGGUAUAUUGUUGGGGAUUAUGGUGAAUUCACAGGAAUGAAGAGAUUCGAUUGCCGCAAAAAGAUUCUGGAGAAAUUGAAGGAAUUGGGAUUGUACAGGGACACCGUCAACAAUCCAAUGGUGGUACCUUUCUGCAGUCGUUCAAAGGAUGUCGUUGAACCUAUGAUUAAGCCACAAUGGUACGUCAAGUGUGAUGAUAUGGCAGCUGCUGCAACUGAUGCCGUCAAAAAGGGUGAACUAAAAAUUAUUCCAGAACAUCAUACGAAAAUCUGGUACCACUGGAUGGAUGGAAUUCGUGAUUGGUGUGUUUCACGCCAGCUUUGGUGGGGUCAUCGUAUUCCAGCUUACUUUGUUACAUUCACUGAUUCCAGUAUCAAAGGUGCUAUAAGUGACGAUGAAGAUUAUUGGAUUGUAGCUCGUAGCAAAGAAGAAGCUCUUGCUAAAGCAGCUUCUAAAUUCAAAGUCGAUGCUAGUAAAAUCAUUCUUAACCAAGAUGAAGAUGUCCUAGACACAUGGUUCAGUUCGGGACUAUUUCCGUUCUCUGUAUUUGGCUGGCCAGAUAACACUGACGAUAUGCAGGCAUUCUAUCCAACAUCUCUCCUUGAAACUGGUCAUGAUAUUUUGUUCUUCUGGGUAGCACGUAUGGUGUUCUUUGGACAAAAGCUUUUAGGUAAGCUCCCAUUCAAAGAGGUCUACAUGCAUCCAAUGGUUCGUGACGCACAUGGUCGUAAAAUGUCAAAGAGUUUGGGUAAUGUAAUUGAUCCGAUCGAUGUCAUUCGUGGUAUCAGUCUGGAGGGAUUACACGAACAAUUGCUCACAUCGAAUUUGGACCCAAGAGAAAUCGAAAGAGCCAAGGCUGGUCAGAAACAAGAUUUUCCCAAUGGAAUACCAGAGUGUGGAACUGAUGCGUUACGAUUUGCACUAUGUGCAUACAUUACUCAAGCUCGUGACAUCAAUUUGGAUAUCCAGCGUGUCCAAGGUUAUCGAUUCUUCUGCAAUAAGCUGUGGAAUGCAACGAAAUUUGCCCUCAUGUACUUUGGUGGUGAUGAAAAAUAUACCGCUGACAUUAGUCUAACUGGAAAGGAGAACAACAUGGAUGUUUGGAUUUUGUCUAGAUUAGCUGCAGCUAUUGAAGCAUGCAAUGCAGGAUUCGAAAGUUAUGAAUUUGCUACAGCAACAAGUGCUUGUUAUAGCUUUUGGUUGUAUGAUCUUUGUGAUGUGUACUUGGAGUGCUUGAAACCGAUUUUCCAAAAUGGAACUGAUGACCAAAAAGCAUCAGCACGUAAAGCGCUUUACACUUGUCUUGAUCUUGGUCUGCGAAUUAUAUCACCAUUUAUGCCUUUUAUAUCAGAGGAGUUGUAUCAGAGACUGCCACGUUUGGAGGAAACCCCAAGUAUAUGUGUGGCUUCAUAUCCAGAAAACACAUCCUGGCGCAAUGAACAAGUUGAACGUGAAGUUGACUUCAUGCAGAAAGCAGCUCGUAUUAUACGUUCAGCUCGUAGUGACUAUAAUCUUCCAAAUAAAACAAAAACUGAAGCAUUUAUUGUCUGUACGGAUUCUCAGCCAAAUGAUAUACUCAAAAAGUAUGCAAGCGAUCUAACAACAGUUUCAUUUUGUUCGAAAAUCAAUUUUGACACUGAACCAGCACAAGGAUGUGCUAUUCUAACUGUUUCGGGUCAAUGUGAGGUGCAUUUGUUACUUAAGGGUUUAAUUGAAGCUGACAAGGAAAUAACCAAGCUUGAGAAGAAGAAAGUUCAACUUGAACAAACUGUUAGUAAAUUGAAUCAAGCCAUGUCAGCUGCUGAUUAUAAUACAAAAGUUCCAGCCGAUGUCCAAACAGCAAAUACUGAUAAACUAACUGAAUCUUCAAAUGAAAUUCAAAGAAUUACUUCAGCCAUUGAGACUUUGAAAUUGAUGUAGAUUUGAGAAAAAAAAACAAACAGAAUUCUUACACAAAAAAGAUUAACUUAUUUUAAACCAUAUUGAUAUCAAUUUUUAAAAGUAUUUGAAUAUUUGAAUAGUUAGUUGAUUUUUCCUAGCGUAUAUUGUCGUCACAAAAAGCUUUGUUUUUUCAUCACAAAUGAAAAUAUAGUAUAACAGAAAGAAUAAAUAAAACCAGAACAAAUUCAAUGAAAACUUAA